CAGAACGGACUCAACUGUGAACCCAAUGGAAUCUUCAUUUGAUUAUUUUUUUGCUUUGUGAAUGUUUUUUUAAUCCUUAUUAUGGAUAUAUUCUUUUGUUACUAAAAAUGUGAUGGAACAUGUGAAACACACCUGAGAAUGGAAACUAUUUUUCCUACCGGAAAACCGGAUCAUUGAAUUUUUUUAUUUUUUUUUUAUCGCAUACACUCCUGUUUGGCUGUAUAUCGUUCAUUGAGAAAUUCAGAAAAAUGAAUCACAGUGGAUAUUUCUUUGGUCUGUGUUUAUUGCUAUUGAAUGGUGUGUUUGGCGCUGGUACAGAUGUAGUCAAGUCAGUGUCAGUGAUGGAGGGAGAAUCUGUCACUCUAAACACUGAUGUUCAAGUACAGAAAGAUGAUCAGAUGUGGAUGUUUGGACCUCAAGAGACUCGUAUUGCUGAAAUAUAUAACCAGAUGAUCAAAUAUUUUAAUAGUGAGAGAUUCAGAGACAGACUGCAGAUGGACAAUCAAACUGGAUCUCUGACCAUCAGAAACAUCAGAUCUGAACACACUGGACUUUAUAAACUGACCGUCAUCAGAAGCAAAGGAACUUCAUACAAGAGAUUCAAUGUUACUGUCUAUGCUCGUCUGCCCUUUCCUGUCAUCACCAGAAACUCUUCGAACUGUUCUUCGUCAUCAUCAUCAUCAUCAUCAAGAUCAUCAGAGUCCAAAUGUUCACUGGUGUGUUCAGUGUUGAAUGUGAGUGAUGUGACUCUCUCCUGGUACAAAGGAAUCAGUGUAUUGUCCAGCAUCAGUGUGUGUGAUCUCAGCAUCAGUCUCUCUCUACCUCUGGAGAUUCAGUGUCUGGAUGAUUCAUACAGCUGUGUAGUGUCUUAUUCAUUCGCCAACCAAACCACACACCUCAACAUCACUGAUCUCUGUCACACAUGUGCAGCACCGGUCCAGCAUUCAAGCUUCAUGAUGGUAAUAGCUGUUACUCUUGCGCUGCUGGCAGCAAUAGCCGUCGUUGGAGGUUGGAGGUGCCACAGAAGAUGUAAACAACCAGGAAAAAAAGUUACAAGUCAUGAGGAAGAGGUGCAUUACACUGUUCCAACAUUCUGUAAACUUCAGAGUACGGACAUCAUUGCAGCAGAUCACACAGUGUACUCAACUGUUGUGACAUGAAUAUCCAACUGUUUUUUAUUGUUAUAUUGCAGGUCAAUGCCAUGAAUUCUGGCAAUUCCCCCAAUCUGAUCACUUUGACAUCAUUAAUGUUUUUACUCCGU